UUCCCAUAUUUUUCAGGUUUGUACCCGCGGUUUCCGAUGGUCUGACAAAUAAUGAUAGACAGUGUUUUUGUGAUAAACGCGAGCGGGGACGUUUUCCUCGAAAAACACUGGAAAAAAGUUGUUCCCCGGUCCGUGUGCGACUAUUUUUUCGACGCACAAAAGAAAGCUGGGGCACCGGAGGAUGUCGAUCCUGUGAUUUCCACGCCCCGGCAUUACCUCAUUUCCAUCUAUAGGUGCAAUCUGUUCCUUGUUGCAGUAUGCACGGCUGAAGCCCCGCCGUUAUUUGUGAUUGAGUUUUUGCAUCGUGUGGUGGACACGUUCGCGGAUUACUUCAACGAUUGCAGUGAGACAACAAUUAAAGAAAAUGUCGUCGUCGUCUACGAAAUUCUGGACGAAAUGCUGGACAAUGGCUUUCCCCUGGCGACGGAAAGUAAUAUCCUGAAGGAGUUGAUUAAACCGCCGAAUAUUCUCCGUCAAAUCGUCAACACGGUUUCUGGAAAGUCAAAUGUGUCGGAACUUCUACCCACUGGUCAGCUUUCAAAUGUUCCUUGGCGACGAUCUGGAGUCAAGUACACCAACAAUGAAGCUUACUUCGAUGUAAUCGAGGAAAUCGAUGCGAUCAUUGACAAAUCUGGGUCCGUUGUUUUCGCAGAGAUUCAAGGAUAUGUUGACUGCUGUGUUAAACUGAGUGGAAUGCCGGAUUUGACGAUGACGUUUGUGAAUCCUCGGUUGCUGGAGGAUGUUAGCUUCCAUCCUUGUGUGCGAUUUAGGCGUUGGGAGGCGAGUUUCAAUCUUCUUUACAUUAUAUCCUCAAAUGACAAAAUGCUGUCGUUUGUUCCUCCCGAUGGCAACUUCCGACUGAUUUCGUAUCACCUCAACUCGAGCAAUAUCGUGGCGAUUCCUGUGUCUGUGCGACAUACGAUAUCGUUCAAAGAAUCAGGUGGAGGUCGACUUGACGUUACCUUAGGACCACGCCAAACCAUGGGUCGUGUUGUUGAAAAUGUAUCAAUGGAAAUACAAAUGCCCAAGUGCGUUCUCAACUGCGUCCUGACACCGACUCAAGGCCGCUACACGUUCGAUCCGGUCACCAAAGUUCUGCUCUGGGAAGUCGGACGGAUUGAUCCGGCCAAAGUGCCCAACAUCCGCGGGACCAUCAGUGUGCAAGCGGGAACCCCGCUCCCGGAAUCAAACCCUCCGAUCGGACUCAAGUUUUGCAUUCCGCAACUGGCCAUUUCGGGGAUCAAAGUCAGUCGUCUCGACAUGUUUGGAGAGAAAUACAAGCCCUUCAAAGGCGUCAAGUACAUUACGAAGGCUGGCCGCUUCCAAAUCCGCACAUGAAAGGAAAAAGCUUUCCUCGAGAUUUUAUUUUGGAGUUUUCUUGCUAUGGCUCGAUCGCUGUCCUGGAAUCCGUGUGCUUCGACGAAUUUCAUUCCGCGAACCCCCUGCAGUUAUGGUGGAAAAGCUGAGAUUAUAUUAAUACCGAUAAGGAGUGUGUUUACGUAUGCUGCUUUGAAGUCGAUUUCCCCUUUUACGGCUGAUCUUAAGACGAGAGCUUUGUUGAAGGGAAAUCGUUUUCCUGUGUUUCGCAGAUGAUGAAUGAACUCUUCAUCGUAGAAUUUUUUGGAUUCGACGCCAGAUGAUAACCGGAUGCGGUACAGUUUCAAUGAUCAGGAUUCGGAAGCUAAUAAAUGAAGAUUAUUGAUGUAUUUUCAA